AUGACAACUUCAAAUAUACAACCAACACUGGAUAAUCAACCACUAGUUAAAGUUACUGAUGAAUUACUGAAUUUGAUUGAAUCAUUUAUUGAGUUGGGUAUACUUGUACAUGAUAACCAAGGGACAAAUCAAUCAAAUCAAGCGUUAGUUAACAAAUUACAACAAUUAAUACUCCUAUUUAAAAAUCUAAAUGAUCCAGAGUUAAAGAAAUAUCCUAUUCCAAUUGAUGUUAUUUCUUAUAUUGAAGACGGCAGGAACCCUGAUAUUUAUACUAGAGAAUUUGUGGAAGUUAAUGCUAAAUUAAAUGCUAAAUUAAAGGGUAAGAUGCUUGGAUUUAAAAAAUUGCAGAAUAUAUUGGGUGAUAAAUUGGGCAAAGAGUUCCCUGAGUUAAAUGGAUCAAUUGAAACGAUUAAAGAGAAUUAUGCAUGA